AUGGCCAUCACGAUACUCCCUCCCGCCGUGGAUGACGAGCCAUAUGGCUCCUCUGAAGAAAACGAUGACUUCAACGAUUCCGAUUCUGAUAUUGAGAUGGAAGAUGCUACGACCUCCCGUCCCUCCAAACGACCGCGCCUAUCCAAAGGGACCAUAGUCACACCGGGAGAAGUAGUCACAGAUGACCCGCAAUGGAUGAGAGGCCAUGGCACAUUCACACCAGCAACUUCCUCCGUCCCAAGCACAAUAAUAGCCACCGUCGCCGGCACCGUUCUCAAAACCAACAAACUCCUUUCCGUUUACCCCCUCCGCGCCCGCUACAAUCCCGAAAUCGGCGACCUCGUAAUCGGCCGCAUCGUCGAAGUCCAAUCCCGCCGCUGGAAAGUCGACGUCGCCGCCCCUCUGCUCGCUAACCUCCCCCUCUCCGCCAUCAACUUACCCGGCGGCAUCCUGCGCAAGCGCACAACCGCAGACGAGUUACAAAUCCGCUCUUUCUUCAACGAGGGUGAUCUCCUCGUUGCCGAGGUGCAGAGCGUGCAUCAGGAUGGUUCCGCGUCGCUACACACGCGCUCAUUGAAGUACGGGAAGCUCCGAAAUGGCAUCUUCCUUGCCGUUGCGGGGAUGGGCGGUGCGGGCGUCGUGCGCGGGACCGGUGUGGUUCGCAGUCGACGGCAAGUCUGGACCGUGCCCGGUGCCAAUGGCGGGUCCGAUAUAGAAGUUAUCUUGGGCGUGAACGGAUAUAUUUGGAUCUCGAAACGUGCGGAUGCGGCUAGUGCGGUGGAAGACGGUGGCAUGGCCAGAAUGACGAGAUCAGUCUUGCGACGAGGAGGGAGAUUGCUCGGUUGGAGGGCUGUAUACGGGUGUUGGUGCAGGGAGGGAUUAAAGUGGACGAAGAUACGGUUAUGA